AAAAUAACGACAGAAGAGCUCCUAAUAGGGCGGUAGACUUACGUGGUUGCUAUGGUUAGGAAAUUACUAGGGCGCAACUGUAACUCGAGAGUGUCGAUUGGUCUGAUCGAACCAUAGUGAUACUGUGAUUGGUGUGGUGCAGUAAAAAUCUUUGAAAAAAUUCAAAUGACCGGCGGGAUCAACAACUGGAUGUGUACCAAGGGAUGAAUUACAGGGACUGAUGAUAAAAUCAAGUAUUUAAAGUUUAAUCUAGAAUUGGGACAAUAGGAAUACAACAAAGUAAAACUACUGGUUGAAAACAAUCUUUACAAUAGCAGCAUACAUUUGAACACAGAAAGGGGUAUUGAUCUAAACGCAAGAUAGCCAAGAAUGGCGUCCUCUCAGAAUAGAGCUCCUGAAAGCAGCACUGCAAGGACUUCCCGAAAAGCCGGUGAGGUUGGCACGAAUGUGGCUCGGGGUUCUGUUAGUAAAAGGUUGCAACAGGAGUUGAUGACCUUGAUGAUGUCUGGAGAUAAAGGAAUUUCAGCCUUCCCAGAGUGUGACAAUCUUUUCAAGUGGAUUGGAACAAUUGAUGGAGCUCAAGGAACAGUUUAUGAUGGACUUCGUUACAAACUCUCCCUCGAGUUCCCUAAUGGUUACCCUUACAAUCCUCCAGCUGUUAAAUUUAUCACACCUUGCUAUCAUCCGAAUGUGGACAGCGAUGGUAAUAUAUGCCUCGACAUUCUAAAAGAAAAAUGGUCUGCACUUUAUGAUGUUAGGACAAUCCUGUUGUCAGUCCAAAGUUUAUUGGGAGAACCAAACAAUGAUAGUCCUCUUAAUGCACAUGCUGCAAGCCUUUGGGAAGAUCAGAAAGAAUGCUUUUCCAUGUACUCAUCGGUGUCUGUAAAUUAG